AUGCAAUACGCUAAUGGUGGUGAUUUACAAAAUUAUCUCAAAGAAAAUUUUGAGAAAUUAACUUGGGAUAAUAAGAAAAAAUUAGCAUUUCAAAUUGCAGAAGGAUUAAAUUAUUUACAUAACGAAAAUAUUUUACAUAGAGAUCUUCAUUCAAAGAAUAUUGUUAUUCAUGAUGAUAAUGCUAAGAUUACAGAUUUUGGUAUUUCAAAAAUUCAAGAUAAUACAACAACUUUUAUUGGCACUAUUGGUGUUGCUUCUUAUAUUGAGCCAAAGCGUUUAUCAGAUCCAAAUUACAAAUAUACUAAACCUUCAGACAUAUAUAGCUUUGGUGUAUUAAUGUGGGAAAUUUCCAGUGGAGAACCUCCAUUUAAAGAUUGUGAUAAUAAAACAGUUGCUAUUUCUGUUAUUAGUGGAAUUCGAGAAACUCCAGUUCCCGAUACCCCUAAGGAAUAUGAAAAUCUUUACAAAAAUUGCUGGAGGCAAGAGCCCGAACAAAGGCCAGAUAUUAAGGAAGUAUUGAAUGAAUUUAAAAAGAUGAUUGUUGGAAUUAAAUUAAGAAAAGGUAUUUGUAAUGUGUUUAUAUAUUAA